CUCCAAUGCUAGUGUAAGUGCAACCAACUACCACAUAAGCCUUUGCAUUCCGAGCUCUCCUUCCAAAGACGUUCUCGGGGAGCACGAAGCAACAGCCGGAUACGGCUUCUUCCCCCUGCACUUUUUGGAAGAAAUGCCCACUUAUUCAUUCAAUUCAUUCUUUGCUAGAAAACAAGCAAGCAAGAUCCGCCCUCAACCCCCUGAAUAAUUACGAUCAAUGUAAUCCGAACCUGCGAAACUGGAUCUAGGUAAAUUCACUUGUUAUUUUCACACAUCCUUCCGCGAAUAAGAAAUACAUACCUAGGAGUGAGCUUAGCUUACCCUCUUACAGCUGUUAUGUCAGGCGUGUUCAACUGCCCGUUCUGCGGAUACAAGGAUUCCGUCGAAUACAGCAUCUUACUUCACCUGGAGGUCCACCAUAGCGAGGGGAAAUCCCCGUUCGUUCCCGAUGGAAAAGAAGGGAAAGAGCGGACUGCGACCGCUGCUGCUGCUGGCUCAAGAUCAGGGGUGAUAGAGGCGGCUACUACUACUACGGUCGCCGGGGAGCAGGAACAGGUGCAGGAGCAGGAGCAGGAAGAGGAACUUACCGAAUACUGUCAGUGUCCAUUUAAGAGCUGCGGCGAGAUCUUGCACCUGGCUAGGCUGGAAGACCACCUCGAAUUGCAUUAUGCGGAGCAGGCUGAUAAUUCGAAUUACGCGGAAAGCUCGAAUGCGGGUGAGCUAGGGAGUAGCUCACAAUCUUCUCCCAUGCGCACGCCGGCCGCUGUGUCAGGUCCUACCCGGGCCAAGACCGGUGUCCCGGCCGGGGUUACCCCGAGCGGGUUGCUGCUCGGCGCGGCUGGAGACUCACAUACAAACCCAUUUAAACCGGUCAGGAGACUUGGGAAAAAAGAACUGGGUGUAUACUAUAACGAAGAGAGGAUGCCGCGCUGGCUCGAAGAUCUACUGAAGAAGCGUGGGUUUAAAAGCUCGCAAGGUGUAAUACCCGUGCUCGCCCAGCUCCUACAUCAGAACAAGUGCACGCAAUACGCGUAUCUAUGCCACCCGGAAACACAGCACAUAUCCAAGCUUAGGAAUGAAGGCAGCUUCUGCGGUUACAGAAACAUCCAGAUGAUGAUAUCGUAUAUCGUGAAUACGCGCGCGCCGGGCGCUGCGGCUUUUAACAAUACUAUCCCGAGCAUCUUCCAGAUCCAGGAUCUCAUCGAGAAAGCCUGGGACCGGGGUAUCCACGAGGAGGGCCGGGUAGAGCUCGGUUCCCUGAGGGGUACUCGCAAGUACAUCGGAACACCGGAGGCCCAGACGCUGCUCGCGAGUUUAGACAUACGAUGGGAUAUGCAGACAUUUAAAACCAUGGACUGGGAACCGCCAUCUGCCUCGGAAAAUAUGUUAUACGACGCCGUGGAGGAAUAUUUUGCGACGGCGCCGGGCGUCAAUCUGCAGAGCAAAGUUCGCAAUACGAAGAGGCCGCCGAUUUAUUUACAGCAUCAAGGCCACUCCAUGACCAUCAUCGGGAUAGAGCGCCAGCCCAGCGGCAAUCGGAAUCUGCUCGUGUUCGACCCGUCGUAUUCCGACCCGGCGAACAUCACGCGGCACGUCGACGGCAGGAGGCCCGUCGAGCACAGCAACCCGGACCGUGCGCUCAAGCUCUACCGCCGCGGCCCGAAGUACUUUAGCAAAUACCACGCUUUUGAACUUAUGAGACUAAAAGAGUAAUAUCACAUCCUCUAACCAAGGAAUUUUCUUCUCUUCGGUUGCGUGACCGAAACACCUACAGUAAACCUAAUCACCUACUUGAUCCCGGCACGGCAGGCAGUUUGUACAGUAUACAUACAUAUAUUUAUCAGCGCGGAUAUCUUUGACGUCUAGAAAGGCUGUGUAACAAGACGGAAGAUAGAAGACCGGGAGCGGGUUGUGACGGAGCGUAUGAUCUUACAAACAUACAGACCAACAACAGCCCGUUCCUGCCUAAUGUAUACACGGGGUAGCGUCGAGUAAUACCUGAGUGUACAUGUAAGAGAUCACGGUAUUUACAGUACGGUUGCAUUCGAAGCGGUUAGCGAAACUUAGAAAAAUGAUUUUUUUUAAAAAAAAAAACAAGCAA